CCUUCCUAAUUUUAUCUCACACCAAAAUGUAUUCAAGUGAAUCGGUUGAGCCGCAACGAAUCCGAUCAGUCGCUGGAAAUAUUAACGGACGAUCCUCGCAAAGGCGAACGGGUAGUGGAUCUGCAACCUCGCGUUUAUUUAUCAAUGCAGUAAAGGAUGCAAGUAAGAGCUCGAGGGGAACAGAGGAGAACAGCUCGGAUAAAGCACAUCAUGGUAAACGUCCUUAUAGUCCGAACAUUGACAGUUUCAAAGAAGAUCAAAAAACAAAAGCUCGGAGGGUCGAUGGUGAUUCGGGUAUAGAUAAAAGUCGGUCACAUGAAAUAGACCAAACUCAUAACAGAAGUCUCCAUAUUAAAAAUGAACAUUACUCUAGUGAUCAUGAAAUGUAUGAUCCUUUAUCACAAGAUGGAGAACGUGGUAGGUUUGUAAAUGAGCGACGUUCUCAAGUGAAUUUGAGGCCGCAGCAACAGUCAAGGAGUGUAUUAGAUCGACUAGGCAAAAAAGGAGGUUUAAUGAAUGCUUAUAUCAAUCCAGCUUUUUUUCCAAAUUCAAAUGGUGGUUCCGACCUUUCACAAUCAAAUGACAGCAUAACAUUAACUCCCAAAGUUUCUCGUUGUCGUCAUUGGCCAAAUUGCGAUCUUGGAUCAGCAUGUAAAUUUCACCAUCCUACUGAAAUUUGCCCGAUGGUUCCGAAUUGUCCAAAUUCACCUCGAACAUGUUUGUAUAUUCAUCCGGCGAGUCAAGAUUUCGAUAAUCGUGGUUUAUAUAGGUUUGGUUCAUAUGGAAAUGGGUCGAUGGGACAAGGAACCCUCGGAAUUGGUCCAAACGCUUUUGUAAUUGACCCGAUUGGACAAAACCCUAUGGGUCAUUUUGGAAUAGGACAGCACGGAAUGGGUCAGGGCAUGUUUAACCCAGGAUCUUUUCACUUUCCACAAAGUUUAGCUGGAACAGAUUUAUACAGUGCGACCUCCCUUAGACAGAAUACACUCGAAAACAUUUCUGGACAUGAACAAAAUUUCCAAGGUUUGCGUGAUAAAGAACAAAAACCUUUCAGAUCUGGUGCUGGAUCCACGUCUGUUACGGCAACGAUUAAUACGAACGCUUCAAUUACCGCGACUUCUAGUAGUGUCUCGGCAGAAUCGGUUCAAGAAAAGGAUGCUACAUUGGCUUCGAAUUCCCAAGCAACACCUGCCGUUUUAUGUAAAUACGGAGAACGUUGUGCGAAUCCUAAUUGUGUGUAUGCGCACGCUAGUCCUUCGACCGUUGGAACUGGAAUUACUGCUUCAUCAUUGUUAGAAAUGCCUUGCAAGUACGGAAUCGAAUGCGGACAGACAAAGUGCC